AACGAAAAAAACAGCAGCACAAGCUCAAGCCAAAAGACCCUGGGAGGAGACGAAGCGGCAAACCCAUUUCCUCGAUUUCCUGUUAUUUCCUUUUAGCAUGCGCGCGCGCUUAUUUGUUGUUUCGUUCGUUUCUCAAUGCCGGCGUGGAUCAAAGCUUUUCGGGAAGAGACUCGCCUAGGCCUCGUGUUGGGUUUUGGACGUGUUUCGACAAGCGUUUGGGUCUGCACUACACUACACUACCACGUACACUACUUCUUCGCUCGACGCAGCUACGCUCUCGCACGCACGCAUGCUCGCACGUACGCUCUUCGCGCUCAGGCACGCUACGCUACUUACGCUAUGUGGCGCAUUCACGGCGUUUUUGCGCUUUUUGCUUGGCCCUCUCUCUAUCUCUGCUCUCUGCCUUACUCUGCUUCUGCUUCUUCGCGUUGGUGGGGGGCUCAGUAGGGAGAUAUUGGGACUGUCUGUCGUCGUCUUGUCUUGAUCUGGCUGUCGUCGUCGUCGUCGUCGUCGUUUUGGUUGUAGCUCGGCUAUUUUACUACACGGUUUUUUUCGGCCUUGCCAUACUCUUCUCCACUACUACUCUUGUCUUGUCUUGUCUUGUCCUGUCCUAUCCUGGCUUGUCUUGGCGCUGUCUUGUCUUGUCUUGUCAUCGGCAUCAGUUGUUUGUUGGGUCUCUACCUAUGCACACAUUCACACUCUUACUCAUACUCAUACACUCAUGCACAUACGCAUACACUUACACUUAUACCUGUACGGCCUGUACCUACUAUACCUACUACUGCACCUAAUAUCCCCCUCCCUCUUUCUUGCACUACUACACUGCUUUUACUUUUACUUCUACUACUUCUACGUCUACUGCUUCUACACUUCUACUGCUGCUAUUAUAGACUGAUACAUAGACUCACUCCUACGAAG